GGGUUGGUCAGUCACUUCAAAAGGAACUUGCCACAAGUGGAAGGACAUGCAUUGAACAUCUGCUUGACUGAAUCUGUGUGAUGAUCUAAUGGCAGACCAAAGAAUGGACAUCUCUUCCACGAUGAAUGAGUUCAUUUCCCAGAGUUCUGCAGAUCUCAUCAGCAGUUCCAUUGGCACUACGGGCAUGGACUACAACCGCAAGAGGAAGGGCAGCACCACCGAAUACCAGAUUGAUGGCUUUUCGUUUGAUGAUAGUAUGGACACAGAUAAAGAUAAGGCAAUGGGAAGGGAUGACCAGCAGGGCCGGAUAAAAAAUGCCAGGGAGGCUCACAGUCAGAUAGAGAAGAGACGCAGGGAUAAAAUGAACAGUUUUAUAGAUGAGUUGGCUUCGUUAAUCCCCACUUGCAAUGCCAUGUCUCGCAAGUUGGACAAACUUACUGUACUGCGCAUGGCCGUCCAACACAUGAAAACAUUACGAGGGGCCACCAACCCAUACACAGAAGCAAACUAUAAGCCAGCAUUCUUGUCGGAUGAUGAAUUAAAGCACUUGAUUUUAAGGGCUGCCGAUGGCUUCCUCUUUGUAGUUGGCUGCGAUCGUGGAAAGAUUCUCUUCGUCUCAGAGUCUGUUUAUAAAAUUCUCAAUUACACUCAGAAUGAUCUGAUUGGCCAGAGUUUGUUCGACUACUUGCAUCCAAAAGACAUUGCCAAAGUGAAAGAGCAGCUGUCAUCAUCAGACACGGCUCCACGGGAGCGACUCAUCGAUGCCAAAACUGGUCUACCAGUGAAGACUGACAUCACUCCCGGCCCCUCCAGACUGUGUUCAGGGGCCCGACGAUCUUUCUUCUGUAGAAUGAAAUGCAACCGUCCGUCUGUCAAGAUGGAGGACAAGGACUUCCCCUCAACUUGCUCCAAAAAGAAAGGUAUCAGCAGCUUUGCAGCAGACCGCAAGAGUUUCUGUACGAUCCAUAGCACUGGCUACCUAAAAAGCUGGCCGCCCACCAAGAUGGGUUUGGACGAGGAUAACGAACCCGAUAAUGAGGGCUGCAACCUCAGCUGUCUUGUGGCCAUUGGCCGCCUACAUCCGCAUAUCAUCCCCCAGCCCAUGAACGGCGACAUCCGCGUUAAACCCACAGAAUACGUCUCCCGCCACGCUAUCGAUGGCAAGUUUGUUUUCGUCGACCAGAGGGCGACAGCCAUCCUGGCGUACUUGCCUCAGGAGCUUCUAGGAACAUCAUUUUAUGAGUAUUUUCACCAGGAUGAUAUCGGUCACCUCGCCGAGUGCCACAGACAAGUGCUGCAGAUGAGAGAAAAGAUUCAUACAAACUGUUAUAAAUUCAAGAUAAAAGACGGCUCUUUCAUCACUCUGAGGAGCCGCUGGUUCAGUUUCAUGAACCCCUGGACCAAAGAAGUGGAAUAUAUAGUCUCUACAAACACUGUGGUUUCGGGCAGUAUGCUGGAAGGAGCAGACCCUAGUUAUUCCCAGUCAGCCUCGUCCCCUCAGAGCAUGGACAGCGUUUUAACAUCAGGAGACGGUGGGGGGAAGCGUCCUCUUCAGACGGUUCCUGGUAUUCCAGGAGGGACUAGAGCGGGAGCUGGCAAGAUUGGACGCAUGAUAGCAGAGGAAGUGAUGGAGAUUCAGAGGAUUCGAGGCUCCUCCCCUUCUAGCUGUGGCUCCAGUCCUUUAAAUAUCACUCCCACGCCCCCACCUGACACCUGCUCUCCAGGGGGAAAGAAGGUGAGAGAGCCGCCUCGCAAAAUCACUCUUUGA